AUGAAAGUGGACGAAGAUCCCUUGGACGUGGCAGACACCAAUUACUCCGAGCCUGCAUGCAUUGGAGAGAUUAACAUGGUGGAAGUUGACCAUAGUGAUGCCCCAAUAGGAGAGAAAGGUACUGAAAACGAAAGUUGGGUGAUAGUCGAAGUUGAUAAGGAGGUCACUGAAGACGUCCAGAAGCAACCAGAGACUUUGUUUGAAGCAGCACCUUUGGCUGUGGCAAAAGAGAUCCAGGCUACUGAAGGCCAGGAAAAUCAAAACCAAGAAUUGACACAGGUCACUGAAGGCAUGAGGCUGGAAUUGGAGAAAGUCCAAAUCACGAAGCCAACUUCCCCUCAGAAAGAAAUAUGGGACACUUUAGGGGAACCCAGUGGAAAAUUUGACUAUUUGGUCAAAUAUUCUGCCCCAGAAAGUUCAAAAGUCCACAUUGAAGAUAUAAAACCCACAGGAUGGGGAGACGAUGAAGCUAAGGGGGAGGAUGUUGAGGUAAACAUGGUGGAUAUGGAGAGACCUCGCUCUGAGAUGGAGGAGGUAGAAAGAUACUUAGAAAAAGAGAAGUAUAAAAUGGAGGAUAAUCAUGCUGGAGAUGCUAGUCUCAAGGAUUACCUCAUGACGUGCCACAAGGGAGAUACAGGAAUGAUACUAUGCCCUAGGUGCAACAUCCUCUGCAAUCAAAGAAUCGCUGCGAACUUCGAGAGGGUACAGAGGGCUCGAACUGGCAACAAUUGGCGCCAGGAUAACCAGCUAUUCAGGUGUUAUCCUAAGGCUGGAGAAAUUUUGCUGGAAUUUGUGUUUCGCUGCUACAAAGGGGCAACCAAGUGCUUGAUAUGCCCAAGGUGUUCUGCUGUGUAUGAUCAAAGCAUGGCCAGAGCCUUCGAAACAAUUCCCUUCGCCCCUUGCUGGAACCAUCAAGAAACUGUUCAGAUGGGCCCACGUUUCGAUAGCAAAUACAAACAACGAAGGCCUGAUAGUCCUCAUCCCAAGGCUGCUCGAAGAGUGAAGUUCAAACUCCCUGUUGAAGUGCCAAUCGAUAGAUGGCUGCAAGUCAGAAAUGACAAAGGCAAAGACAGAUGGAGAAACACUGAACGAAAUGCACGUCAUGCUAUGACAUACAAGAGGCAGUUCAACAUAGCAAAAAGGGAAGAGGUAAGAUUAGAGAACUACAAAGGAAGGAACCCUAUGUCGAGAUCCCAGUGGCGAAGGCAACAGAGGAUUCGAAAGGCUGAGAGGGAAGCUGUGGCAAAUAAAGGGGUAACUUCAACAAAGAACCAAGGUGAAUCUAGCACCAACAAACCCACACCAAAAAAUCAAACUGAAGACAAACCCCCAGUUAAUAGGAGGCUUUUCUCUGAAGUACAACUAGAUGAACCAAAGGAAUACACUCCAGGCCCAGAAGAAGACGAAGAUAUGAUAACGGAUAACUUCGAAUCAGAGGGGGAGUCUUCGUUCAACCUAAACUGCAACGUGGUAUCUGUGCUUCCUGUGAAUUUGGACAGGAAACUGAAAUUGAUGAAUAUGAGGAAGAAGAUACCAUAG